AUGGUGCCGGGGGUCAAGGCGUCGAGCGUGAACAUUCCGAACACGAAAGCAGCCGAAACUCCUCAGAGGAGCGAAAUUAAUGCUGUUGCGACGCGGGUCGCCAAAGCGAAGGAAAAUGUCGGUCCUGACAAACUAAUUGUUCCCAGCUUCAACUUUGAGAACGUCUCUAAGCAAGACUUCAUGGAUGCUCAGUCCUCCUGCCCUUCUCUAGAACACAUUCGUUCUAAGGAAAGAAUUAAAGCUAUUGUCACUGUUAAAAGUCGUUCGGUAAAAUUCGAACGAGUAAAUGGGUUGAUUUACCGUAUUUGCGUAAAGAGCAAACACGAACACGAAAUCGGAGAGAAACAAUUGGUUGUGCCCCGUAAAUUUAUUCCAAUAAUUUUGUUUAUUGCUCACGAUUUCCCUUUGGCAGGUCAUUUCUCUCGUCGAAAGACUGCAGAAAAGGUAUUCCAUAAAUUCUUUUGGCCAGGAGCAGGCGCAGAGAUCAAACGCUACUGUCGCUCUUGUCAUGCUUGCCAGAAAACCGUCCCUAAGGGCAAGAUCAGAAAGGCGCCCAUGGUUCAGAUGCCAGUCAUAAGCGAGCCGUUUUCCCGAGUAGCGAUUGAUAUCGUCGGACCGAUCUCCCCGCCCUCGAGCCGAGGCCACAAGUAUAUGUUGACCUUGAUUGAAAUGGCCACCAGAUUUCCUGAGGCAGUUCCUCUGAGAAAUAUCGACUCGGUAACUGUUGCUGAAGCGUUGUUAACCAUUUUCACUCGUGUAGGAAUACCGAAAGAGAUUCUUUCUGAUCGUGGUACACAAUUUAAGUGUGAUUUGAUGGCAGAGAUCACCCGACUACUUUCUAUUAAAGCAUUAUACACCAAUCCGUAUUACGCGUGUUGUAAUGGUACUGUCGAACAGUUUCACUCGGUACUAAAAGCUAUGUUGAAAAAGCUCUUCAGCGAACGACCACAUGAUUGGGAUUGUAGUGAAUCUCGACCCAUCAGACGGAAGAAUAGAAUGGAAGAGUUACCCCUUCCGCUUGCCAACGUGUGGCCGUCAAUGACUGAUCGUUACUUCCCAUCCGUCUUGUUUGCGUAUCGCGAGAUUCCUCACGAUACGCUAAAAUUUAGUCCGUUUGAGUUGCUGUACGGUUGUAAGGUACGUGGCCCUUUAUCAAUUCUGCAUAAUUUAUGGACUAAAGAUGAUAUUGAUGGGGAGGUUAAGAGUACCUAUCAAUAUGUAUUAGAUCUGAGAUCUAGAUUAGAACAAUCGGCUCAACUAGCAUCCGCUCAUGCAGACGUGAAUAGCAGAAUGUACAAGACGUACUUCGACAGGAAAGCUAGAGCUCGAACAUUACAAGAAGGGGAUGAAGUACUUGUGCUGUUGCCAACUUCGCAUAACAAACUAACUGUUCAGUGGAAGGGUCCCUAUUCUAUUGUACGCAAGCAUGAAAAUGGUGUAGACUAUGAAAUAAAAAUAAAAUUGAAAAUAAAGCUUUAUCAUGUGAACAUGCUGAAGAAAUAUGAAAGACGCGAAAAUGACAUUUCUCACUCUCAGGUGUGCCAAGCUUGCGUGGUAGAUGCUUCUGAUCCCAUAGAUAAGAAUGCUAAUGGCGUAUGUGAUAUACCCGAAUUGUAUGAGCCUGGUAAAUACGAAUUUAAUUUUAACUCUGAACUCUCAAAUGAACAAACCUCAGAGCUAAACCAUCUAAUCGCUGAUUUUCUUGACGUAUUUGUCGAUAAACCAGGCGUAACCAGUAUAGUAGUUCAUGAUAUUCAUUUGACUACAGAUGUUCCCGUUCAUACGAAGCCUUAUCCUAUUCCAUAUCAUUUACGUAAUGCUUUUGACGGGGAAGUGGAAAGGAUGAGGGAAUUGCGAGUAAUUGAACCGUCAACCUCUGCUUAUUGUUCACCUGUAGUACUGGUGAAGAAGGCCGACAACUCAUGCCGCUUUUGUGUAGAUUUCCGGUCUCUCAAUGACAUAAGCCUCUUUGACGCAGAGCCGAUGCCGACCAUGGAAGAAGCGUUGGGUAGUUUCGUGGGAGAUUCAUACUUUACGGAAAUUGAUCUCUGUAAGGGUUACUGGCAAAUUCCUUUGAGUGAUAAGGCGAAGCAGUACACCGCGUUUGCAACACAGAAGUAUGGCCUUAUGCAGUUUAGAAAAUUACCAUUCGGUUUACGUACGGCGUGCGCUACUUUCAUUAGACUAAUGCGUAAGGUAACUGCUGGUCUAAGCAAUGUUAAUUGUUAUUUUGACAACUUGGUUAUACUUAGUCAGACAUUUUCUGAUCAUCUUUUGCAUUUGAGGAAAGUUUUGGAGCGUUUACGCGAGCACGGGUUAACCGCCGGGCCAAGUAAAUGUUAUUUUGCUUAUCCUAGCAUAAAAUAUCUAGGAUUUAAUCUUAGUGAUAAGGGAUUAAGUACACUUCCUGAUAAAGUUAGUGCCAUUAAGAACAUGCCUUUACCGGAGACGAAGAAGCAGUUACGCAGCUUUCUCGGAACUCUCUCGUUCUACCGUAAGUUCAUGCCGAAUCUGGCAAACCUUGCAUAUCCCCUGAAUGCUUUGUUAAAGAAAUUGUCCUAA